CUGCUGGAAGUUUUGGUGCGGGAUCGCUGGCACAAAGUUCUGGUGAACUUGAGCGAGGACGCUCUGGUUCUGAGCUGCGAGGAGAGCGCGGCGGCAUACAACGGCCCUGGGACUGCCACCAAUGGCUCGUUCUGCAGGGGCGCCGGGACCCCGGGCGCAGGCGGCGCGCAACCCCCGGACUCGCCCGCAGGGGUCCGCACCGCCUUCACCGACCUGCCGGAGCAGGUGCCCGAGGCUAUCUCGAACCAGAAGCGCGACGUGAAGGUGCUGAAGCAGGAGUUGGGCGGGCUGGGCAUCAGCAUCAAGGGGGGCAAGGAGAACAAGAUGCCCAUCCUCAUCAGCAAAAUCUUCAAGGGGCUGGCGGCGGACCAGACCCAAGCUCUGUACGUGGGCGACGCCAUCCUGUCCGUGAACGGAGCUGACCUUCGGGACGCCACCCACGACGAGGCGGUGCAGGCGCUGAAGCGCGCGGGCAAGGAGGUGUUGCUGGAAGUGAAAUACAUGCGAGAAGCCACACCCUAUGUGAAGAAAGGCUCCCCAGUAUCCGAGAUUGGGUGGGAAACUCCUCCGCCAGAAUCCCCUCGGCUAGGGGGUAGCUUCUCAGACCCUCUGUCGCCGCAGUCCUUCUCCUUCCAUAGAGACCGGAAAAACAUCCCCCUCAAGAUGUGCUACGUCACUCGGAGUAUGGCCUUGGCUGACCCUGAGAACAGGCAACUUGAAAUCCACUCUCCAGAUGCUAAGCAUACGGUGAUCCUAAGAAGCAAGGACUCAGCCACCGCCCAGGCCUGGUUCAGUGCCAUCCAUUCCAACGUCAGUGACCUGCUGACCCGAGUGAUUGCUGAGGUCAGAGAGCAACUGGGGAAAACAGGCAUUGCUGGGAGCCGAGAGAUCAGGCAUUUUGGCUGGCUUGCAGAAAAGGUGCCAGGGGAGAAUGAGAAGCAGUGGAAGCCAGCGUUGGUUGUGCUGACAGAGAAGGACCUUUUAAUCUAUGACAGCAUGCCCCGGAGGAAGGAGGCCUGGUUCAGCCCAGUUCACACAUACCCUCUUCUUGCCACCAGGCUGGUCCAUUCAGGUCCUGGAAAGGGAUCACCCCAGGCUGGUGUGGAUCUGUCCUUUGCAACCCGAACCGGUACCAGGCAAGGGAUUGAAACACAUCUCUUCAGGGCAGAGGUCAGCAGGGACCUGUCCCAUUGGACAAGGAGCAUAGUCCAGGGUUGCCACCACGCGGCUGAACUCAUUACCGAAGUCACCACCCCUUGCACCUAUAAAAACCAGGAGUGCCGUUUGACCAUACAUUACGAGAAUGGAUUUUCUCUUACCACUGAACCACAGGAGGGUACCUUUCCCAAAACCAUCCUACAGUCUCCUUAUGAAAAGCUCAAGAUGUCUUCAGAUGAUGGGAUCAGGAUGCUAUAUUUAGAUUUUGGAGGCAAAGAUGGAGAGAUUCAAUUGGACCUUCAUUCCUGCCCCAAGCCGAUUGUUUUCAUCAUUCAUUCCUUCCUGUCAGCUAAGAUUACAAGACUGGGCUUGGUGGCUUGAACAGAGGGCGACUUGACUUUGCCAAAACGAGGCUAGGAUGCCACCACCAAGUGCGCCGUUUGUAGUGAGCAGUGCACCCGAUGAAGCAUGUCACAGUCAGCUUUAAGUCUCAGGAGUUGUGUGUAACUGUCUCAGAUGCCUUUGUCCUUUCCAGCAACUACAGAGGGUACCCUAAGGAACUGCCAAAAGGAACAUCAGAAUAAAACUGUCUUUUUAGAAUAAUAAAUGGUUAAAGGGAUGAGAGUGAUUGGAAAUAGCAUAGCUUUUAAAUGACAACCAAGGACAUGACCAUUAGAACAGCAUGCACAGAUCUUAAUCAUACCAGUUUCUAGGCAACUGGUUCACCCAGGUAAGCAAGGGCUGAAUAGAUGAGAAAUGGACGUUUCACGUCUCUCUCCCCCCAGGUAACAAUGAUCCCUUGUUUUACUGUGAUUUCUUUCCUAUUCUAACUCAGCAUUUCCCUGGUAGGGAGAGAAGAGCACUUCAAAUGGCAACCCACCUUUUAUUUAAGUAUGAAGCAGCUUUUCUUUUUCUUCUUCUUCUUUUUUUUUUUAAUGAAUUAUCUUUCAAAGAUAUAGAAUGAUUGGGAAGUGUUCUUAUUAGCAUAUGCUGAGCAGGAAUUAAAUAAAGCAUCAGAUACUAAUCUGAGUGGUAAACUGGUAGAAUCUGAGCCAAAGUAGACUGCUUAAAUUGCAAAGCUCUGCUCAAGAGUUGUGUGCAUGGAAGAUGAUUAAUUGUGGGAUUACACUCACACCAAGGUCCGCUGUCUUAUGGCCAAGACUGAUAGCUUUAUUUAUAGAAAGCAAAUUAUGGGUAUUUUUUUAAAAGAUUAUCAUCUGAUAUCUAUGUAUAAAUACAUAAAACAACUCACAUGGUUGGGGUUAACUAAUUAUCCCCGUCUCGUGGUUUUCAGUGGAAGUACUGAACAAUUUAUUGACCCUUGUUUUUGCCUGUGCUUAUAGUGCAUGCAUUUUCAAACAGGUAAUAAUGCAGCCUCAUUUAAUUCUGGGUGAUUCUGGGUUUUUCCAUAUAUACCCAGUACUAUAAACAAAUCUAUUGAUAGCAUCCGAAGUUCUUUCAGAAUUCCAGGGAAAUAAUAUAAUGACCUGAUAUUUUUCUACAAGAGUAUUUUCAGACAGCACAUAGAGCAUUAUUGAUUUAAUGUUUUUGCUUUUGUCUUUCACAACGAAUUCAGUCAAAAUAACACCUAUUAUUUAGUUUUGGAAUCACUUUUCUCAAAGCUUGAAAAUUAGCUCUGGAAUUUCUGUAAACAUUUGUAUCACUUCUUUCCCCUGUCAUUGACAUAGACAGAUGUUCUGGGUUAGACCUGUGUGUUUUUUCAGAAUCAUAUUUUAGCAAAAACCUAUGCAAAGAGCUUUAAAAAGUGGUUUGAAAGGAUCGUGAUUUUGGUCACUCAGAUGUAUGUGUUUAUUGAGUUGCAGAGUUUUAUUUUAGAUGAGCGUUUCUCCAAAGUAUGUAUCAUGUAACACUAGUUCCAAGGGGGACUGGUUGAGUGGUGUUUAUUUUUUUUUUUUGGAGGGGGGAGAAUAAGGUGUUUGGUAAUCAAAAAUGUUUGUUCAAUGCUCCAAUAAAACAUGUUAAACAGAUUUCAUGAUUGCAGACCCCCUCAGAGACUUUAAUCUACAUUGUGAUUCUUCAAGGGGGCAUCUGGUAUGCCAUUCCUCACACUUACUUACACAACUACUUUCAAAUGGAGCAUCUUGAGAAGCUAGUAUUUUAUUACAAAAAACAACAACUUUGGAAAACGCAGCUUCAGGACAUUGAUUUUUUUUUUUGUCUCCUAUUUUAAAAUGCUGAAGAAUGAAGUCCCAGCCUGAAUAUUGUAGGAGAGCUUUGAUGCAUUUGUAAAUUAGAUUGCACUCUUUCAUUAUAUAUUUUCAAAAUCACUGGAAUGUUGUUAUACAAGAUUAUUAUACUUGUGUGUAUUGUAAAUAACAUAUUAAAAUACAUAUAUUAAUGCCAAUAGUUUAAUUCAAAUAUAUGUAAUCUAAGGUGCUCAGUACUACAUGCAGUAUGAGUUAAUUACUCAUAAUUAAGUUGCAAAGAUCCUAUUAUAUAUUUAUAGACAAAAUGAUCACAAUUACAAAUAUUAUUUCUUCAUCACUUAACCAGUUUUGGACUGAUAAAUGUCUGGGUGGGGGUCAACAGA